UGGUAUUCAUUCUAUUGCCCUAUAAAUCCAUCUAUACACGUGAAGCAUACAAUGUCAUUUGUCACUAACAAGAUUUCAUUGAUCCUCACCAUUUUCUUGGUCAUUCAGACCGUUAAUGUUUACGCAACCGAUAUAUAUAACGGUACCGCCUCCAUCCCACCAAAUGGUGGUGAAUGGUAUGCUUGUAGUGAUUUUCCUACUACUUACAUCAGUUUUUCCGUAAGCGUCUCCAACACUUCGCUAAAUGUAACCCCUAACUUUAUCGGCACCACUGUGCCCGGAAAGAAUUCGAACACUUCCACACCCAAAUAUUUACCAGGCGUGCUUGCCUACCAAAUGACCAAAGAUAACAUCAAAAUAUUUACCGAUCACAACACUAGUUCUACCUUUAAUUAUAUCCCUUCCCUUUCUUGCUAUGAAAAACCAGUACAAUCAUGUGAUCAAGAUGUUGGAGACUUGCCGUUGUCAGAUAAUGUCUUACAAUGUUUAGCUUUGGAAAACCCUACUGGAAAGACCGUUUACUUUCAUAUCCUUUUGAGCUUCAAUAAGACGGUGUUUCAAAAUAAUACUUUCACAAGUCCAGAUGUUCCCGGUGGUCAUGAAUCGAUUAAUAAUAAUAAUACGACACAGAAGAGUGGCAGCAACGGUUUAAAGUCGAUGAGUGGUCAUGGAUUCAUGCAAAUGGUGGUUGUUACACUGAUGGUUCUUGGGUUUAGUAAGUUGGUGACCCUAUAA